AUGGCGGAGCGCGCUCCCAACUUGAGCGCGACUAGGCAGCUUAAGGCUUUGAAGCGCUUUGAGCACGCGAUUCGCGAAGCCCUGCAUCUAGAACGCAAGGCACAACGUCGAAGUCGCGGUACGUGUAAUACUUUGGCGCUUAAUGAGUCGGCAGUCAUCGCGGUGGCGCUCGUAACCUUAAACUUUGCGACGACAUACCAAGUCGUAACAAGCUUGAUGCAAGGAACUGAGCAUCAUCAUGAGGCGGCUGGCGAGGUCGUCGUGGACUUUUCGUAG